AUGGAGAAAAGGAAUAAUGUAACAGAGUUUAUUCUGCUGGGACUCACACAGAAUCCAGAGAUGCAGAAAGUCAUAUUUGCUGUGUUUCUGUUCAUCUACAUUGUUUCUAUGGUAGGGAACAUGCUCACCUUGGUCACCAUCACCACCAGCUCAUUAUUGGGGUCCCCCAUGUACUUUUUCCUGGCUCAUCUCUCUUUUAUCGAUGCUUGCUACUCCUGUGUCAAUACCCCUAACCUCAUUAUAGAUUCACUCUAUGAGAAGAAAACCAGCCCCUUCAAUGGAUGCAUGACUCAAAUAUUUGGGGAACAUUUCUUUGGAGGUACUGAUGUCAUCCUGCUCACUGUGAUGGCCUAUGACUACUAUGUGGCCAUCUGCAAGCCCUUGCACUAUACGACCGUCAUGAAUCGGCGGCUGUGUGGACUGCUAGUGGGAGUGGCAUGGGUGGGAAGCUUUCUUCAUGGAACCAUUCAGAUUCUCUUCAUCUUCAGGUUACCCUUCUGUGGCCCUAAUGUCAUAGACCACUUUAUGUGUGACCUGAACCCUUUGCUUGAUCUUGCCUGCACUGAUACCAACACUCUAGGGCUCUUUGUUGCUGCCAACAGUGGGUUCAUCUGUCUGUUAAACUUCCUCCUCCUGAUGGGCUUGUAUGUGGUCAUUCUGCAUUCCCUGAGGACCUACAGCUUGGAGGCGAGACAAAAAGCCCUCUUCACCUGCAUGUCCCACAUCACAGCGGUCAUCUUUUUCUUUGUGCCCUGCAUAUUUGUGUACAUGAGACCUGCAGCUACUUUACCUAUUGAUAAAGCAAUGGCUGUAUUCUACACUAUGAUAACUCCCAUGUUAAAUCCCUUAAUCUAUACCUUGAGAAAUGACCAGAUGAAAAAUGCCAUUUGGAAAUUGUUUAGUCGGAAAGCUAUUUUAGAUGUAAUAUAA